GACGAGCUCGUCAUCCCAGCGCCCAUCCAGCAGGUGGUGACGGGGCAGUCCGGCCUCUUCACGCAGUACAACAUCCAGAAGAAGGCCAUGACAGUCCGCGAGUUCAGGAGAAUCGCCAACAGCGACAAGUACUGCACACCCCGCUACACGGACUUUGAAGACCUUGAACGAAAAUACUGGAAGAACCUUACAUUCAAUGCCCCUAUCUAUGGUGCUGAUGUUAAUGGCACGCUUUACGACAAGCAUGUGGACGCGUGGAAUAUUGGCAGAUUGAACACGAUCCUGGAUAUUGUGGAGAAUGAAAGCGGCAUAACCAUUGAAGGAGUGAAUACUCCUUACCUAUAUUUUGGCAUGUGGAAAACUUCCUUUGCUUGGCAUACCGAGGACAUGGAUCUCUACAGUAUUAAUUACUUGCAUUUUGGGGAACCCAAGUCAUGGUACUCUAUCCCUCCAGAGCAUGGGAAGCGACUGGAGAGACUCGCAAAAGGUUUCUUUCCAGGAAGUGCCCAAAGCUGUGAAGCGUUUCUUCGUCACAAGAUGACCCUCAUCUCUCCAUCAAUUCUAAAGAAAUACGGCAUCCCAUUUGAUAAGGUGACACAGGAGGCUGGAGAGUUCAUGAUAACCUUUCCUUAUAGCUAUCAUGCUGGCUUUAAUCAUGGCUUUAACUGUGCCGAAUCUACCAACUUCGCUACUCUUCGGUGGAUUGAGUACGGAAAGCAGUCUGUACUGUGCUCAUGUCGGAAGGAUAUGGUGAAGAUCUCCAUGGAUGUGUUUGUGAGGAAGUACCAACCAGAUCGUUACAAGCUUUGGAAAGCCGGGAAGGACGUGACUGUCAUUGACCAUGCUCUGCCAACCCCAGAGGCAGCAGAGUUCCUUAAAGGGGAUCUCAUGCAAAAAGUCAAGAAUGGGAAACAGUGUGCUGAGGAAAUGGAAACAGGAGACACAUGUAAAGAGGAGGUGGAUGGGGAUGAGACAAAAAGCAUUCCCAAGCAUCGCAUAGGAACAAAAAGGCACAGGGUCUGCCUGGAAGUGCCUCAGGAGGUGAGUGAGAGCGAGGCCUUCCCCAAGGAGGAGCUGAGCUCCACACAGUAUGAAGCGGACAUGGCAGAGCCUCGUGAGGGACCUGCAAGUGAACUUCCACAGCAAGGUGAACAAGGGCUCAAGCUUCCAGAUCGUGUGGACUCAGCCAAAUUUGAAGAACUGAAAACAGUGAAGCUCGAGGAGGAAGAGCAAGAAGCAGCUGCAUUGGAUCUCUCCAUUUCACAUGCUUCAAAUUCCACUUCGGUUUUGAUGACUUCGAAGCAGGGCACAACUUCCAGCGCGCAGCCCAGCUCGCCUGCAUAUUCUGGUUCUUCAGACUCUGAGUCGACUGAUUUGUUAGCAAAACGAACUCUUCCUGGGCCAGCUGGGGUGCUUACAGUCCAUAGCUAUGCUAAAGGGGAUGCCAGCGGAUCUGACAACGAACAGACUUCAGGAAAGAAAGCCAGUGCCACCGCCAGUGUGAAUGAACAAGAACUAGCAGAGGUAGCAAAGGAGUACAUAAGAUCAAUGAAGGAGAGUAAGAAGUCCAAGGGUCGUCGCCAGCCGUUGAGCAAGCUCCCACGCCAUCACCCACUCUUGGUUAAAGACUGCACUAGUGAUGAUGAGGCAUCAGAGCAACUAACUCCUGAAGAAGAGGCUGAGGAGACAGAAGCAUGGGCCAAGCCACUUAGCCAGCUGUGGCAGAAUCGGCCACCAAAUUUUGAGGCUGAAAAGGAAUACAAUCGGACCAUGGCUCAGCAGUCUCCUUACUGUGCUGUUUGUAUGCUCUUCCAGACGUACCAGGCAGAGUGUGGAGGCAACAGUCAAAACUCUGGAGUAACUCCAGCUGCUGUGGAUGGGAAGAUCCGAACCAAACCCCUGAUUCCUGAAAUGUGCUUUACUACAACUGGCUGCAGCACUGACCUCAAUCUUUCAACCCCCUACUUAGAGGAAGAUGGAACCAGCAUCCUCAUCACCUGCAAGAACUGCCAUGUCUGUGUUCAUGCAAGUUGUUAUGGUGUAUCCCCUGACAAGGCCACUGAAGACUGGAUGUGCUCCAGGUGUACAGAAAAUGCCUUAGAAGAGGACUGCUGUUUGUGUUCAUUACGUGGAGGAGCACUGCAGAGAGCCAAUGAUGACAAGUGGGUUCAUGUGAUGUGUGCUGUCGCUGUACUGGAGGCAAAAUUUGUGAACAUUGCAGAGCGGAGUCCUGUAGAUGUUGGCAAAAUCCCCCUGCAGCGUUUCAGACUGAAAUGCAUCUUCUGCAAGAAAAGAAGAAAGAGAAUUGCAGGUUGCUGUGUGCAGUGCUCACAUGGUCGAUGUCCCACAUCCUUUCAUGUCAGCUGUGCCCAAGCAGCAGGAGUCAUGAUGCAGCCUGAUGACUGGCCAUUUGUUGUCUUCAUUACCUGCUUCAGGCAUAAGAUUCCGUCUCAGGCAGAGCGAGCUAAGGCUGCACUCCAGGAUCUGUCACCUGGACAGAUAGUCAUCAGCAAGCACAAGAAUGGCCGCUUCUAUCAAUGUGAAGUGGUCAGCCUUGCAAAGGAGACUUUCUACGAGGUCAACUUCGAUGAUGGUUCCUUCAGUGAUAACCUGUAUCCAGAAGACAUUGUGAGUCGAGACUGUCUUCAGUUAGGUCCCCCUGCUGAAGAUGAAGUUGUGCAGGUGAGAUGGACGGAUGGACAGGUUUAUGGAGCCAAGUUUGUUGCAUCACAUGCCAUCCAGAUGUACCAGGUGGAAUUUGAGGAUGGGUCACAGCUGAUGGUGAAAAGGGAUGAUGUGUAUACUCUUGAAGAGGAGCUUCCUAAGAGAGUGAAGUCAAGGCUGUCAAUAGCUUCAGAUAUGCGCUUCACAGAGAUCUUCGCAGAGAAGGAGGUCAGGCAAGAGAGGAAGAGACAAAGAGUGAUCAAUUCACGCUACCGUGAAGAUUACAUUGAACCUGCAUUGUACCGGGCCAUCAUGGAGUAAGCGCUGCCUGUGGCAGAGGAAGAAGAUGCCCGCCUCCCCCAAGGAUUUAAACGCUCCAGUACAACAGGCCAUAUUUGGAUGCUUCGAAUCCAGGGUUUUUUUGUUUUGUUUUUUUUAAGGAAGCUAAAAAGCUGAUGCUCUGCAGUAGCUGAAAGGCAGCUGUUGGAUAGUGAAACAGAUCCCAUUUGCUGAAGCUGAUGCCUGCAGACUCCUGGUCUGAAGUUGGGUCCUUACUGAAUAAGCCGGCUUGGGGGUGUCGCUUUCAUCUCGUCAAGCAGUCUUGCUUUUUCUAUUAGAGACAAUUUUGACAGGUGGCAAACUCUUACGGGAGUUGUAGCCAGGAAUCUUGGCAGCUGCAGAAUAGUAUGGUCUAUUGUUUUAAUUGAAUAAUGUUCCUGAUUUUGGGAGUCUCCCUGGUGACCACACCUGGGCUUGAGCAGGCAGUAUUACUGGUGCUUGAAUUUGAACCUCUUUUUAUAUUUAUAUCCAUCUUUUUGUCACAAGCACCUUCAGUCUCUUGUUUCUCAGCACCUCCUUUCUGAGGGUUGAGCUGUAGGCUGUUCAGAUCCAAGCAGACAGGAGGUGCUUGUGUGAACAGGUGAAAUGUGAAAUUGAAUCUUAUAGGACAAAUUAUUUAACCCUCCAUUUAAUAUUUUUGUUCUGAUACUUGUUUUGACU